AUGUGGACAGUCUUGAUUCAAUGCAGGCUGGUGGGCAAGGCAAUUCGGGUAUACAAUGCUUUAGAUGAAGGUGUAGCUAGGGACUAUAAUAAGGUUAAGGCAAUAGUUCUUAAGGCUUACGACUUGGUUCCGGAGGCCUAUCGUCUAAAGUUCCGUAAUUUUACUAAACCUGUCUCUCUCUCAUUUGUGGAAUUUGCUCGUCUCAAGGAGGAGCAGUUUGACGACUGGCUUAAGAGUCGCCAAGUAGUCUCCUUCUCCUCCUUGAGAGAGCUUAUGUUGCUAGAAGAGUUUAAAAAGGCUUGUAGCAAGGAAUUAAGAAUUUAUCUUGAAGAGGUUAAAGCAGUCAGUUUGAGUAAGGCUGCCCAGAUAGCGGAUGAAUUUGUGUUGACUCAUCGGGCUGGGUCAGGUAAUCUUGGAUCUGUAGUUAAUUUUCAGCCUGGUAAGUCAAAUAAUUAUCAAAAGAAAUUAGGUGGUCCGGGAAAUAAUCUUGUCCAGGGGAAUCUGCACAAGAAUAGGACUGGAGAUGCUCAGGGAGAGGGCUCAAGUGGAUCUUACACUAGAGUCUUCUCCAAAAGUAAUAAGUUAACUUCUGGUAAUGGUAAUAGAGUAAGAAGGGCCUGCUUCUGGUGCAAUGAACCAGGACAUUUUCAAGCACAGUGUAACGCCAGAAGGAGGUACCUCCAAAGAAACAAUAAUAAUCCGGUAGCUCUAAUAUCAAAUAACCCUAUGUCUAAUAAGUCUCAGGUUGAGAAUCCACCAGUGUUGAUGGCUAAUGAUGGUUGUAGCAAGGGGGAAAAUGUUGGUUCUUUAUCUAGUAGGGAUUUAUGA